CACCACGAUGAGGUUAUUACAAUGGGCCCUGCUGGGCUUUACAGCUAUUGUUGCCGCAGACCUCAACAACACAGGAGAAUCUCGCAAUGUCCUCAAAAGCGCCUUCAUACCACCGAAGCACUUCCGCAACGUCAACCUGGUCCGCAACAUCAACCUGGAAAAGAGCUAUCCUCGAGAGACGGUCAACGUGGUCAUUGAGAACAUUGAUCAAAAGGCGCAGUCGGAAUACUUCAUUCCCUUUGAGCAAGGAUUGAUUGGGAGAAUUGGUGGAUUGGAGGUCAAGGACAAGAAGCAGCCGGAUAGGACGGGCUUUCGCACAGAUGUCGUUGGCAUUGAUCCCUUCAGCACCACCGAAUACUACAAAAUCACCCUCCCUACACCUCUUCCUCCGAACGAGCAAUUGACCAUCUCCAUCACCUACGUCGUCCUCUCCGCCCUCGAGCCUCUGCCUGCACAAAUCCAGCAAAACGACAAGCAAUACGUCCAACACACAUUCUCCGCCUACGCACCGUCGGCAUACACAACCAAACAGCAAAAGACAAAGCUGAAGCUCCCCACAACCGAUGUGCCCGAUGCCGUCAAGCUGCCCGCCUCCCUCAACGCCGAAGGCAAGGAGGAUCCCCAAAAGCAAGGUCCCACAUACACAUACGGCCCAUACACCAACUUGGAAGCCGGAGCUGUCCAAGAAGUCAGCGUUCGGUACGAGUUCACCAAGCCACUCACACACGGCAAGCUCCUGGAACGCGACAUCGAAGUCUCCCACUGGGGCGGCAACAUCGCGACCGAGGAGCGCCACUGGCUCACGAACCGCGCGGCGACGCUGAAGAACCACUUCUCCCGCGUGUUGUUCCAGCAGUCGAGCUACUACAACCCUCCCAGCAGCGCGUUGAAGGAGAUGAAGUUCCCUCUCAUCGUCGGCAGUGCGGAUGCGUACUUCAUCGACGACAUCGGCAAUGUGUCGACUUCUCGCUUCAGGACGAAUCUGAGGGAAGCCGACUUGAGCUUGAAGCCGAGAUACCCCAUUUACGGAGGUUGGAACUACAAUUUCCGCGUGGGCUGGAACGGCGAGUUGGAGAACUUCCUUCGCAAGACGAAAUCCGGUUCGGACAACUUCGUGUUGAAAGUCCCAUUCUUCGAGGGUCCAAAGCAGGGCGAGGGAAUGGAGUACGAAAAAGUCGUCACCCGUGUGAUUCUGCCUGAAGGCGCGACGAAUGUCCACUUCGAAACGACAGUCCCCAUCGUCUCCGACACCAUCUCCCUGACCAAGACUUUCAUGGACACCGUCGGACGUACGACGUUGACUGUGACGGCUGUGAAUGUGGUCGACGAGCUGCGUGAUCGCGACCUCAUCGUCACUUACGACUACCCAUUCGCAGCGCGAUUCCGGAAACCGCUGACGAUUUUCGCGGGCGUGUUGGUGCUUUUCGUGGCGAGCUGGGUGGUCGGGAAUUUGGAUGUGAGCAUUGGGAAGCAGAAGCGAGCGUAG